CUCACCUAGCUCCGGUCUUGGGAGAGAAUGGGCGCGCCUAGCCCGGGUGCGAGCUUUGAAGGGACUGGCCCCUCCUCCUGCUGCAACCCCACCCACCGGGCUCCUCUUCUUGGUCUGCCCGGCGCAGUCCUCUGUCACAGAGCUCCCCCGCACCUGUCUCGCCAGCUGCUUCUGCGCCCCUCCCUUCCAACCACCGCUCGGAAGUCCUAGGCGCUCCGCAGCGCCGGCCGCGCGCUGAGGGCAUGCGCUCUAUGAAGGCUCUGCAGAAUGCGCUGCAGCGGACCGGCAGUCACUGCCGGCGGGGAGGCUGGGGUCACCUGAGCCGGAGCCCCCUCCUUGGCGGGGGUGUCCGGCAACUCCUCAGUGAAGCAGCCGCACAGGGCAGAGAGACGCCGCACAGCCACCAACCACAGCACCGGGAUCAUGAUUCAUCAGAGAGUAGCAUGCUGUCCCGCCUGGGUGACUUGCUUUUCUACACUGUUGCCGAGGGACAGGAACGAAUCCCUAUUCAUAAGUUCACUAAUGCGCUGAAGGCCACUGGACUACAGACAACAGAUCCCCGGCUCCGAGACUGUAUGAGCCAGAUGCACCGGAUGGUCCAAGAAUCCAGCAGUGGUGGCCUUUUAGACAGAGAGCUCUUCCAAAAGUGUGUGAGCGGCAACAUUGUACUCCUGACCCAGGCAUUCCGAAAGAAGUUUGUGAUUCCUGAUUUUGAGGAGUUCACUGGCCAUGUGGAUCGCAUCUUUGAGGAUGCCAAAGAGCUCACUGGAGGCAAAGUGGCAGCUUACAUCCCUCAUCUGGCCAAGUCAAACCCAGACCUGUGGGGCGUCUCCUUAUGUACUGUGGAUGGUCAGCGGCACUCUGUGGGCCACACAAAGAUCCCCUUCUGCCUGCAGUCCUGUGUGAAGCCCCUCACCUAUGCCAUCUCCGUAAGCACCUUGGGCACUGACUACGUGCACAAGUUUGUGGGCAAGGAGCCCAGUGGCCUGCGUUACAACAAGCUCUCCCUCAAUGAGGAAGGAAUUCCCCAUAACCCCAUGGUCAAUGCCGGUGCCAUUGUCGUCAGCUCCCUGAUCAAGAUGGACUGUAACAAAGCAGAGAAGUUUGAUUUCGUGCUGCAGUAUCUCAACAAAAUGGCGGGGAAUGAAUACAUGGGUUUCAGCAAUGCCACAUUCCAGUCAGAGAAGGAAACAGGGGAUCGGAAUUACGCCAUUGGCUAUUAUCUCAAGGAAAAGAAGUGCUUUCCUAAAGGGGUGGACAUGAUGGCUGCCCUUGAUCUCUACUUUCAGCUGUGCUCUGUGGAGGUCACCUGUGAAUCAGGCAGUGUCAUAGCAGCCACCCUCGCCAAUGGAGGGAUCUGCCCCAUCACAGGCGAGAGCGUGCUAAGUGCUGAAGCAGUACGGAACACCUUGAGCCUCAUGCAUUCCUGUGGCAUGUAUGACUUCUCUGGGCAGUUUGCCUUCCAUGUGGGCCUGCCAGCCAAGUCAGCUGUGUCAGGAGCCAUACUCCUGGUGGUACCCAACGUCAUGGGAAUGAUGUGUCUGUCACCUCCACUGGACAAGCUGGGGAACAGCCAGAGGGGCAUUAGCUUCUGCCAGAAGUUGGUGUCUCUCUUCAAUUUCCACAACUAUGACAACCUGCGGCACUGUGCUCGGAAGUUAGACCCACGGCGUGAAGGGGGAGAAGUUCGGAAUAAGACUGUGGUGAACCUGUUAUUUGCUGCCUAUAGUGGAGAUGUCUCAGCUCUUCGAAGAUUUGCCUUGUCAGCCAUGGAUAUGGAGCAGAAAGACUAUGACUCACGCACAGCUCUGCAUGUUGCUGCAGCUGAAGAGCCUCAAGCUGUCCAAUACCUUUUCUAG